CAUCAGCAUGCUUCGCUUCUGGCUGCUGCUCGCGGCGCUGCCGGCGAUGGCCAUGGCCGCGUGCGCGGACGGCCGCAUGGGCUACAACUGCGGCAUGUGCGUCAACGACAAGGCCUGCAGCGCGACCACCAAGGGCGACCGGUGCGUGCAGUCGCUCGAGUUUGUGCCUGGCAUGAAGACCAAGACGUACGACUGCAUCUUGAGCGCGACGCUCCAAGCGGUCUUUACCGACGGCGCGAUGGCGCUCGAUUGCAGCGCCGGGUCCAAGAACACGUGCACGAUGGCCGUGUUUAAGAACGCGACCGGUGUCGCCGGCGAGCACGCAGUCGACUGCACGAUGGACAGCUGCACGUUUGCCGGCACGUCGUUCUCAUGUAGCAACCUCGUCUGCAAGUGCACGGACCUCUGCAGCGACUUUUCCAAGAUCCUCUUUGAGCAAACCAUGCUCAACAAGCCGCUCACGGUGACGACCAGCGGGAGCGCGCUCACGGUCACGAUCACGGGCUCGCCCUUGCCGCUCGGUGGCACGUGCACGGCGUCGUCGUGCGAGUCGGCGGCAGUCGACGCUGCCAUCAACGGCGGCACGGCGAGCAGCAAGGCCGAUGCCGACGCGCCGCCUCCGUCCGAGCCCUUCUCCACCGCGCUCCUCAUUGCGCUCAUCACGGUGCUUGGCGUCGCCGGCUCCAUCAUCGUGCUCGCGUGCCUCUUUUACGCGUCGUACCAAGUGCAAGUGCGUCGGUCGGCGCUGCUCAAACCGUCGUCGUCGCUCGAGGACCCGCUCUCGACCGCGCCGCUCAAUACGAUCUCGGUGCCCGCGUGCGGCGAGAAGCUCGAGUUUGGCGACAUUACCUGCACCUCGGCGCCGCGCAAGCGGUUCUGGCAGCGCCAGCCAGACAAAAGCGACGCAAAUACCCAUACGAUUCUGCACCAAGUGUCGGGCAGCAUCCAUCGCGGCCAAGUGCUCGGCCUCAUGGGCCCGUCAGGCUCGGGCAAGACGACGCUCCUCAAUGCGCUCGCCGGUGUCGCCAAUGGCACGACCACCAUCACAGGCUACAUGUCGCUGGACGGCCUGCCGCUGCCUUCCAACUACCGCCGCCUCGCGGCGUACGUGCACCAAGACGACACGCUGCUGCCGACGCUGACGGUGCGCGAGUCGAUGGAGUACUCUGCGUUUCUGCGGCUCCCGAGCACGUACUCGCUCCAGUCCAAGCAGCUCAUGGUCGCCAAGGUCCUCGAAGAACUCCGGCUCUCGCACGUGGCCGACGCACGCAUUGGCAGCGCGCAGGGCCUCCGCGGCAUCUCGGGCGGCGAGCGGCGGCGGCUCUCGAUCGGCAUGGAGCUCGUCACGUCGCCGUCCAUUUUGUUUUUGGACGAGCCGACGUCCGGGCUGGAUAGCGCGACGGCCAAUAGCCUCAUCUCGGUGCUUCAAGCGCUCGCGAAGAAUGGGCGCAUGGUCAUUAUGAGCAUCCACCAGCCAAGCACCAAGUCGUUCUUCAAGCUCGACAAGGUGCUCUUGCUUGCCGACGGCAAGGUCAUGUACAAUGGUCCGUCCAAGCUGGCGGCCGACUAUUUCGCAGAGCACGAUCUUGCGUGCCCGGCCGAUGAGACGAUCGCCGACCACCUUCUUGAUGUCGUGACGCAGCCGCAGCACAUUGAGUCGCUUGACGUUCUCUGGCGCGCGCAGCACGAUCCGUUGUCGGUCUCGUUUGCCAACACGUCGUCGUUUGAGAUGCUCCAAGCGGCCGCAACCGACGACGUCGAGGCGUCGAGUGAGGCCGCCCGUGGCAGUCGUCUUCUCGAGCUCCAGGUGCUCUUUGUGCGAGCAGCGCGUACACUGUGGCGCAACCGCGCCCUCUUCAUUUUCCACGUCGUCUUGAGCAUCGUGCUUGGUCUCGUCGCGGGCGGUAUCUUUUCUGGCCUCAAACUCAAUCUCGCGGGGUUCCAGAACCGCAUGGGGGCAUUUUACUUUUUGCUGACGUUUUUUGGGUUUGCGACAUUGAGUUCCAUGGACGUCUUUAUCCAAGAACGCGCGCUUUUUUUCAAGGAAGCGAGCGCUCAGUACUACGCGCCGUGGAGCUACUUUGUGUCCAAGACGCUCCUCGACUUGGUCUCGCUGCGCAUCUUGCCAGCCGUUCUCUUCGCCGCUGUCUUUUACUACAUCAUGGGCCUCAACCCGCCGGCUGACCGCUUCUUGUUGUUUACGUCGACCUUGGUGCUCUUCAACGUGGCUGCGGGCUCGCUGAGUCUCCUCGUCAGCACGGUCUCCAAGACGGUCGGGAUUGCGAACCUCGUGGCAACGGUCGUCUUGUUGCUCAUGCUCCUCUUUGGUGGCUUUCUGCUGAACGUCCAGACCAUGCCGAGCGGCGUCGCGCCCAUCCAGUGGCUCUCGCUCUUCAAGUAUGCGUUUGAGAUUAUGAUGACGAACGAGCUCAAGGGCCUCUUGUUGAGUUUUGACGCGCCCGGGUACCCGGCAAUUCCGAUUUACGGCGAAGUGUUUCUCCAAACGAUCGGGCAAGACGUCAACAACCAGACCCAAGACGUGUGCUGCCUCAUUGCGUUUAUCGUCGGCCUCAACCUUAUCUCGUACAUGGCGCUCCAUUUCCAAGUGCCCAAGCGCACGAUGCUGCACAUGGCGCCCAACGGUCGGUCACCGAUCCCCGUCCUCGACGUCAAGACCCACCAUCAAUAGUACCAGCAGCUCACUUGUCGGUAGUUAAACUGAGACUCGCAAUUAUUAAGGUGCCAUCGUAAUGACCGACCUUGUUUACAUGCCG